UGUAACUUUUCCAUGUUGUGUCAAGAUUUAAUAAUAAUAAUGAACUCUUGAGAUCAAGCAUGGUUGAUUUCAGAUGAACCUUUUCGUUAUAAUCAUUGGAAAUAUUCUCUGAUACCAUUCAAAUGAGAGGAUAUUAAUAGCAGCGCAACCUUUCAGAAAUCUCUAAAAUAAUACAGUUAACAACAUUGGAACCCAUUCCUGCAAGGGGGAGACGGGGAUGCAAUCAGGAUCUAUCUAUCCACCAAGAACCAAACAAUCAAACACACUGGCUUCACCCACGCAGGUUUCUCUAAACGGGUCAAUCUCGGCAAUCUCAGUUUUCAGGAAUGUAGUAUACGGCGGCUCCAUUUCCACACAAGGGGAUAAAUGCCAGGCAGACGAAGGAAUGAUGGAAAGGAGGGGGAGGAGAGGGAGGGCUUCGGCGUGUGGCGAUUUGAAGGUGAUACGCAACUUCGUGUGUUUCAAGCUAAAUAAAGAACGAGCUACGUUUUAUAUUUAUUAUUCAUUUCCCGGAUCUUUCUUCGUAUAUUUAAUAAUGCACGCCGGAAACUCAUAGGGUACAUUACAUAGACGACAGACAUCAUAGAACAGGAGGACGGCGACAACUUCUCAAACAAUAAUAAUGAAUGAUUCUUUGAAGCUCCGAGAGUCCCUCCGGCUCCAGAUAUGUAAGAGCGAAUGCACCAAAUCGACCGAUCAAUCGAGGCCCCUCUAAUUUUACCCCCGGUUCAUGCGAUAUGCUUUGUGCUCGUGGCGUGUUGUAUCACCUUAAUGUUGGUUAUCGAGUGUAGGGGUUUGGGGUGGGACGGGAGAGAAAAGAGGAGAGGGGUAGAGAAAGAGAGACAAGAAAAACGUGGUUCUUGAUAGGGCGGGAAUGUUGAAUGCGCGAGCAUGAUUCGCCAUGUGUUUCUUGUUGUUGGAAAUGUUGCAUUCGCAUAGGGUUUUGUGUUACACACCUCUUUUUUUUUUUUUUUUUACGGCGGCGUAGUUUUGAUUCUUUUUUUUUGGGGUUUUUUUUCU